AUGCUGAAAAGCUGUCUUGGCCUUCUCACCCGUCUUCGACCGGAACUCAUCGCCAAAAAGGUAUUCCAGGAAAUUGAUGACGAAGACUCUCUGGCAGUGUAUCAGUUUCGCAUCCUCGCUUCCGUUAUAGUGUAUAUCCGAGAUCGUGCCUAUGGAGAGAUUAAUGAGAGCAUACACGUCCUUGGCAAGAAGCAGCAAAAGUCUGCUGGGCAGCUCUCACAUUGUCCUGUUUCGAACAUCCCAUCAUCAACCUUUGCCUUCAAAACUUCCAAAGCGUCCACCAGGCUUCUGGACGUCCCUUGGAGUAGAAUCGCUGAAAUGCAAGAUAGAAGAGGCUCCGAUGGAUAG